AUGUCCGGCCUUGACAAAGCACUAUUUAAUCUCAAGUUCACUUCCAAACAAUUGAAUAGGCAGGCUGCCAAAGCCGACAAAGAUUCACGCACUGAACAAGCGAAGCUCAAAAAGGCCCUGACCCAGACACCACCCCAGCCGCAAAUAGCCCGCCUAUAUGCAAGCAACUCGAUCCGAAACUCCCAGCAACGAAUCCAACUUCUAACAUUAGCUGCACGUAUCGAUGCUGUGGCCGCUCGUGUACAAACCGCCAUCACCAUGCGGACCGUGACACAAUCGAUGGCCCAAACCGUCAGAGGAAUGGAUGCAGCAUUGAAGAACAUGGACCUGGAAAAGAUAGGCGCAGUCAUGGAGAAAUUUGAGUCGCAGUUCGAAGAUCUCGAUGUGGUCACCGGCUACUAUGAAGGCGUGGCUGGCGGUGUCGAGAGCCAGCAAAUUGGCGUUGAGGGACAAGGCGAGGUAGAUGCCUUGAUGAACCGCGUUGCCGACGAGGCCGGUGUCGAACUCUCGCAGGAAAUGCAGCAGCAGGUCCCAGAGAACGAGUUGCCACAGGCAGAGUCGGCCGAAAGAGCGAAACUCGAAGAAGGACUGGGCGAUCGGCUGAGGGCCUUGAGAAAUUGA